GAAAACUUAACAUCGGUGUUGACACGAUUCAGCACGGGGUAGAAGGACUAAUGUACCUCCUUACUGAAAGCUCCAAGCUUAUGAUUUCUGAGAUAGACUUCCAAGAUUCCAUUCAUGUUCUGGGAUUCUCAGAUGAAUUGAACAAAUUAUUGCUGCAGCUGUACCUUGAUAACAGGAAAGAGAUCAGAAGCAUCCUUAGUGAGCUGGCACCAAAGCUUCCCAGCUAUCACAGUCUUGAAUGGAGACUGGAUGUGCAGCUUGCAAGCAGAAGUUUGAGACAACAGAUUAAGCCUGCUGUGACUAUAAAGCUACAUCUUAAUCAGAAUGAAGAUCAAACUGCCCAAGUGUUGCAAACGGACCCUUCUACCCUCCUCCACCUAAUUCAGCAACUGGAACAAGCGUUAGGGGAAAUGAAAACCAACCAUUGCAGGCGAAUAGUGCGCAACAUGAAGUAA